CCGGGGCUGAGCAGGCGCGGGAGGCGCAGCGGUGGCCGCGGCGGGAAGCGGGGGCGGGUAGGGAAGCUGCCGCCGCAGUCUCCUGUAGGACCUGUUGUGCCCCCGCCGGCACUCUCCCCGCUGCAGGUGGUCGGCCGCCAUCGUGCCGCCUGCCCUUAGGUGUGGGCGGCCCGUGCUGCCUUCCCGUGGCUGAGCCCGCACGGGCAGGCUACUCGGCGCAGCCGAUCUCGAGGUUCGUGUUGGGAAGGGGAAGCCCUUCGGCCUGGCACGAAGCAACUGAUGCAGACAUUUUGAAAGUAAACAGUGAACCUCCAUCCUGCUCUUGGAUUCCUUCAGCUCUGUCUCCACAGUCUUGUAAUUACAUUCAUCAGUGAUGGAAACCCCCACCCACAGUACUGUUCAUUUGAGUGACUGGCAGAAAAGUUACUUUGCUAUUACCUCUGGGACCUGCACACCUGGACAGAAGGCAGAUGAAUACCGUGCCAAACUCCUGUGUAUUCAGUAUGCAUGGGCAAACUCUGAGAUCUCUGAGGUCUGUGCUGCCAACCUGUUUAAGAAAUAUGCAGAGAAAUACUCUGCAAUUAUUGACUCUGACAACAUAGAGACUGGCUUGAAUAACUAUGCUGAUAACAUUUUGACUUUGGCAAAGUGUCAGCAAAACAACAGUGACAAGUGGCAAUCUGCCUUGACAACAGAUAAUGUAUUUGAAUUAAAGUGUGUGCAAGAGAGGAUGCAGGCUGUCAGAAAUUUCCAGAGGUCUCAUAUGGCACCAACAGAUGCUUGUGUACUGUCCGGUAAAAGGGUCAGUGCUUCUGCUGCUGCAGACCAUCAUAAACUCAGUAUCUGCAGCAGUGCCAGAGAGACCAAUCUCUCUGCUGGCUCAGCAAAAUGUACAAGUCAAGGAAUGGGUUUCCUUGAGCAUCCCUCAUCUUCAAAGUCUCUUCAAAGCAGUGUGUCUUCUGCAGCACAACUUUCGGAUAUGCUUCCUGCCUCCCUAAAUGGACAGGUUCAUACAGGUUUCCAGGUACCUCCACUAUUUGGAAGCAAAGAAGCAACAAAUAGCAGUUCUCUGAAAAUGUCAGGUGACUGUUGCGAUGGACAGAAUUUAUCUGUUUCGAAUCAGUCAGUUGUACCUGCAUGGUCUGCAAGUUCUGGAAAAAGAAAAGUGGUUUAUGGUCAGGCUGAUGAAGGCAGCAUGGUGAUUCCUAGCCUUGUUCCAUGCCAGUCUUCUGUUAGUAUGGAAACCAAUAGUUUUUCGGGUUACAGGAACAGAAAUGAAGAGAGCAGUGUUGGUUUUAGGACUGCCAAAGAGCAGCUGUGGAUGGAUCAGCAAAAGAAAAUUCAAGGUGUGCGUCAGCGUACUCCAGUCUCAUCAUACGGAGGUGUAAAGAAAUCAUUGGGCGCAGGCAGAUCUCGGGCACCAUUUGGCAAGUUUAUUCCUCCAGUUCCAAAACAAGAUGUAAAUGAAAAUGGAGAAGCACAGUGCAAAGCUCGUUCAAGAGGACCAGCAGAUUCAUUGCUGCCUGUGGAUGAACGACUGAAAAACAUAGAACCAAAAAUGGUUGAACUCAUUAUGCAUGAGAUCAUGGACCAUGGGCCUCCUGUCAAUUGGGAUGACAUUGCUGGAGUUGAAUUUGCUAAAGCCACUAUAAAAGAAAUAGUAGUCUGGCCUAUGCUGAGGCCAGACAUCUUUACAGGGUUACGUGGUCCUCCUAAAGGCAUUCUUCUAUUCGGCCCUCCUGGGACUGGCAAGACUCUUAUAGGAAAAUGCAUUGCAUGCCAGUCUGGAGCAACCUUUUUUAGCAUUAGUGCCUCUUCUCUGACUUCCAAAUGGGUAGGUGAGGGGGAAAAGAUGGUCCGUGCCCUGUUUGCUGUGGCACGGUGUCAACAGCCAGCAGUGAUUUUCAUCGACGAAAUUGAUUCCUUGUUGUCUCAGCGUGGAGAUGGGGAACAUGAGUCAUCAAGAAGAAUAAAAACAGAAUUUCUGGUCCAGUUAGAUGGGGCAACAACGUCCUCUGAAGAUCGUAUUCUAGUGGUUGGAGCAACGAAUCGACCUCAAGAAAUUGAUGAAGCUGCCCGAAGGAGACUAGUGAAGCGACUGUACAUUCCUCUUCCAGAAGCCUCAGCUAGGAAGCAGAUUGUUACUCGCCUAAUGUCAAAGGAGCACUGCUGUCUAAAUGAAGAGGAAAUUGAACUCAUAGUCGAGAAAUCAAGUGGAUUUUCUGGGGCAGACAUGACGCAGCUCUGCCGAGAAGCUUCCCUGGGCCCAAUCCGCAGCAUUCAGUCCGUGGACAUUGCAACCAUCAUGCCGGACCAAGUGCGGCCCAUUGCUUUUCUGGACUUUGAGAGUGCCUUCAAAACUGUGCGGCCCAGCGUGUCCUCAAAGGACCUAGAACUCUAUGAAACCUGGAACCAGACCUUUGGAUGUGGUAGAUAAUUGCAUCCUAACUGUUUUGCAGAAACUUUUUUUUAACACUAUCCUAUAUUAAGCUCACGUCUACUUUUUUUUUUCUGUCUUUGAAAUAAAUCUUACUUUAUUUAGGCCCUGGUCCGAGGUUUCACCAGCUGAACAGACCAUGAGAAACUGUUUGUCAUGGUAAGAGAAAUUGCUAAACACAAGUAACAGAAGCUGACAAAAAAUACAAGUAGCUGCUGUGAAAGAUGGAUGAAUUUCACUGAUAAUUAAAGGGAAGAUGGUCAGAACUUGCAUACAGUUGGACUACUGGGGGGAGUCUUGCAAGGCCUACUGUGCUGUAUCAGUAAUACCAUGCAAAGCUGAGGGCACCCAGUUAAUGUUACCAGAUAUACUAGGUUGGAUUAAGGACAUAGCAGAACUGGAACUGAUGGGGGAAAUUACUUGGAGUCAUGUUGUUUGGCAGAAGAUGGUAACAGAGGAAGGAAAGGAUCAAGGUGGUAGCAGUAAGAACUUGCAUGGAAAUACAUGAGGGGAUGUAAAAGUGAAGGUCUCAUGUAAGCAGUGCUCUUGCUGACUGAGCCACUGCAGUCUGUUCCAGCUGCUUCUUAGAGAUCUUUUCUGGUGAACUUCAGUCCUGUGCAGUUGAAGAUGAGGGAGAAGGUGGGGCUGUGUUGUUGGAUUCAUGUGAGCACAUUUGCUGUGUUUGUGUAAAGGCAGUACUUGCUCUGAGUCCUUGUGUCGGUGUAUCCACUGUUUUUGACUAGGAACUUUGACUUCUGACUGAACAUAGAGCAAAACCAGCAGCAGUUUCAUCUGCCAAACUAUGAUGGGAGAAAUCUUAGCCUGAGAGUGUCUGUUCAUUGGGCUUUAGUGUCUGGAAAGGAGAAAUCCUACAUCCCAGUGUUGACUGGGUUCUGUUGCUCCUUUAAACCAAUGGUAGAAAUGCCUGGCUAGUUUGUAUGUGGUGGUCUUACCUGAAGGCUGGAAGAAGUGCACAGCCCUUUGUUCACAUAACCUGUCCUUUUUCCCUGGCUGGGCAAAGCUGCCUCCGAAUGGAAAAUAAAAGUUUUUCUUUGGAUUCAACAGA